UUUUUAACAGCAGCAAUAAAGGCCACAAAGCAAAUCGUCGUCAUUUACGAGCGCAUACCAACGGUUUCAGACUUUCAGCCUCAUCAAGGUGUCGAUUCUCUCCUGCAAUCCCUUCCCCAGAGGGCGAAGAAGAACGAACGGCCAUGGACUGGGGCAACGUUACAGCGGAGGAUCUGAUCGACGCCCUCCGCGAGGUCGACUGGUCGACUCCACCUCGCCCUCUCUCUGAAUUCUUCUCCAGAUUCACGCUCCCUCGAUCUCACUCUAAAUGGAACAGCCGCCUCAAAUGUAAUCUUUACUACUACAGGACGAACUACUUUAUCAUGAUAAUUUUCAUCCUCGGGAUGGGAUUCCUUAGAAGGCCCCUUGCUAUUGUUGCUGCUUCUGUGACGGCACUUAGUAUUGCUUUACUCAAUGACAGCUUUGCAGGUACUUUCAGUGAGAAAGUAACAAGAACAGUGAGGAAGUUCUCGCCGCAUUUAGCUGCAAAGAUGAGGCCGCCUCUUACGCCUGUUAUUCGUGGUCGUCCAGCAGCUAAAAGAGCUAUUUAUAUAUGUGGUCAGCCUCGUUGGAUGUUUGUCUUAAUGUCCUCUUCUGCGAGCUUUUUUCUAUGGUUUGCUUCUUGCGGUCUCUUGAGUGUCUUGUGGGCGCUUGCCAUUGGACUUCUUGCCACUAUUCUUCAUGCCAGUUUUAGAAUGCCUAACAUGAAAGCACGGCUUAACACAUUCCGGGAGGAAUUUCGUACAGUUUGGCGCAAUUAUAGUGACCUGUAGUUUUCCUGAAUUUCACAUGAUGGACCAUUAUGGUAGUUGUGAAGCUAAUAUGGUUCGUUUUAUAUGUUGACUGCUGCUGCUGCCGCUGCUGCUGCCUCUGCUGCUGCCAUAAAAUGAAAUCCUUUGGCUGGUUGCGCAAUUCUUUGGUUGCACAUCCCCCCUCUGAUGUAAAUUGUUUCGAGUUCUACUUCAUUUUUUUUCUUUUUUUUAUAGAACAGUUUUUUUGUGAUUUAUCAUCCACAUUAGGAAGAACCUUCAAGGCUUUUCAUAUCAAACAUGCUUAUGAACAUAUUUACUGCACUAAAAUAAUAUCUGAUUUGGAGUCUUCAAGAAUUUGUCA